GUGAUGACAAAUCAGUCACGUGCCCGACAUUUCCGCCCGAAAAGGAAACCCAGCAGAGCAAAAAAGACAGAACAUUGACGUACCCCUCGUUUCCCCCAAACCAGCUGAUGCAGACACUCGCUACAUACAGCAUCAGCAGUCUGUGAAAAAUUACAAAAAUCCCGGUGGCUGCGCUCGCCCCGGAUGUACUCAUCAAUGCAUCAAGGCAAGUUGCUUUCGUCACUUGCCCGUGUCCGUCCGUGUCGAUUUAUCGCCCAUCGUCGUUAUCCCGCCGUCCUCGCGUCGUGUUCUCCUGCGCGUCGAUUUCAUAUUUCGCAGAGAUGUCUGUCUUCGACGCCGUCGGAUCCUUCUGGAGGCCAGAAUCCAGUGCCGGAAAAUAUUGCCAAUGACGUUUCGGCGCUGAAUGGGUUUCCCGAGGGCAACAACGAGACUUCGCACGCUGCGACGCCGCCUAUAGGUGCCCCAGGGAAGAAGGAGCCCGGGCCCUAUGGGUCGGGGAUACGCAGGGCUUUGAGGAAUCGGAAACCGGGCAAGGAAUGGACAGCGCCGGCUGCUGUGAUUCCCGACUGGUUUCAUGAGCGGAAUACGGUUAUUCAUAAGGGUGAAGGACAAACUACGAUUCAGGCGCCGCAGCAGGUCGUUAUUGACAAAACAAGCACUGAUAAACAGGCGGAGGACACCCCGAAGAAAGCGCAAGGUGGUGACGGAGAAGGAGGCCAACCUGGAGCUGAUGAGCCUCCGUCGGAGAACCGGUAUGCCUUGUCGGAAGCAUUAUGGGAGGAAUUGUGUGCGUCUGCUAGGGCAGGAAUACGGCUUCCGCCUGCAAAAUAUGCAAAGGAACCUUCGGCUAAGAAGACGCAUUUGGUUCUUCACUACCCCGGCAACGAUGGAAUUGUCUUCUUGGAUGCGGUGGUCAAAAGGCUAGCGCAGGAGUUGAGUACGGAUUUGGUGACGCUCAACGCUCAGGAUAUUUCUCAGCUGUGCAGUGAGCAGGAUUUGGCAGAUAACGGCGUGACCUCGCCGAUUAGAUCGCUUGGGUACGAAGUAUACCGGCCUUCGCUUUCUGAGGUCUGGCAGGAGGAUAGCGAUGCCGACGAUUCAGAUAUGAUGGACACUUCCGGUCCAUCGUCAAAUUUCAGGCCAGGCUCAGGGAUGCCGAAAUUCAUCACCAUCGAAAGCUCGAAAGACACUGGAGAUAUUCCAUUGCCGAACUGGCUUGGCUUGAAGUCUCUUGUGGCUUCGAUUAGCGGCCCUGCAGACGCUUCCGGUGCGUCUGGAGCACAAUCAAGCGGCGACCGGGUGGAGGACCGACGACUACGGCUUCUCAAUGAACUCCUUUCAUCUUCUGACAAACAUGCACAAAAACCAUCUGAAUCGCCAGUACCAGCGAAAGACUCUUCUGAAGCUCCCAAGCAGGAACCGUCUCGCGACAUCAUUGUCCAGGUUCAGGACUAUGGCGAAAUCCAAGGCACCCGGGAAGGUUCCCGUUUUGUAUCCCUACUGCAACAGGCUAUCCAAGAGCGACGGAAAGCCGGUUCGCGCGUGUUGCUGAUUGGGACAGCAGCCCAGGAUGUUGGUCCCGACUCACAGGAUGCAUCAAGACUCAUGCAGAAUGCGUUCGAUGACCACUUCUCACAAAUGCUCGUUAUCACGCCGGCCACGAGCUCGCAAGAGGUUGAAAAGACCUUUACGCAAGAUAGAAAGCGGCGGACUUUGGAUAUCAACAUCCGGCAUAUGCAAGAAAUGCUCCGGACACGACUUAAUGAACAUGCAUCGGCUACCAAGGACGAUAUUUUAAACACUCGUGUUUGGCCGUUAGAUCCCACGAUGAUUAAGGAAACCGGGCUUGAGGAGCGGUAUUGGUCGUAUGGCCAAAUACACUGGGCCGCCACGCUCGCAUUGGGAAGUGUCAAAGGGGAGGAAGCAUUUGGCUUUGAUCAUGUCCAAAAGGGAUUGGAGAUGAUGCAGCGAACAGACCGCGUUAAGAAUGCGUGGUUGCAGGAACGGUCACCGAAAACGAAAACUUCGGACUCCAAUAGCGACAGAGAAAAGUUAUUAGGAUCAUUACGCAAGACCUGCAAUACCCAUGAAAAGAAACUACUGAACGGUGUUGUGGACGCAAAGAACAUCCGCACAACCUUUUCGGAUGUUCACGUCCAGCCCGAGGCAAUCGAUGCCCUGAAGACCCUCACCUCGCUCUCCCUCAUCCGCCCUGAAGCCUUCACAUACGGUGUCUUGUCGACAGACAAGAUCCCCGGCCUACUUCUCUACGGACCACCCGGUACCGGUAAAACCCUCCUGGCCAAGGCCGUGGCACGCGAAAGUGGCGCGACAGUCCUCGAGGUCAGCGGAUCCGACAUCUACGACAUGUACGUCGGAGAAGGAGAAAAGAACGUCAAAGCCAUUUUCACAUUAGCCAAGAAGCUAAGUCCGUGCGUGGUGUUCAUCGACGAAGCGGACGCCAUCUUCUGCUCGCGUACCGGCUCCAGCAGCCGCACAUCGCAUCGUGAACUCAUCAACCAGUUCCUCCGCGAAUGGGACGGGAUGAACGACCUCUCAGCCUUCAUCAUGGUCGCUACCAACAGACCUUUCGACUUGGACGAUGCAGUCCUCCGCCGUCUCCCGCGACGACUCCUCGUCGAUCUCCCCACAGAACAAGACCGUCUGGCGAUCCUCAAAAUUCAUCUCAAGGAGGAAACCCUAGACGCAGCAGUCGAUCUUGCUGAACUCGCCCGUCGAACACCCCUAUACUCCGGCUCCGACCUCAAGAACCUGUCCGUAUCCGCAGCCCUGGCCUGCGUCCGCGAAGAAAACGACGCAGCAGCGCGACACCAGGGCCCAGAGCCCUAUCAAUAUCCCACCCGGCGAACACUCACCUGGACACACUUCGAGCGCGGCAUGGAAGAAAUCAGCGCAUCGAUUAGCGAAGACAUGUCCUCGCUAUCCGCGAUCCGGAAAUUCGACGAACAGUAUGGAGACCGCAAGGGUCGGCGCAAGAAGAGCCCGGGGUGGGGAUUCAUUCCUGCGAAGGGGGACGAAGGAGGACCUGAUACAGCGCGUGUACGGACUUAGAAUGCUUUGCUUUGCUUUUACUUCUGUUUGGAAUGGCUUUUGUAGGUUGGGAUAUGGGCCGAGAGCUAAACUUCUAUACAUGUUCUCUUUUUCUUUUUCUGUAAUAUUAACGACAUGACCGAACUUGAUGCGACUGCGAUAUGUAC